UUUACACAGGAAGUGCGUCCACCCCCAAUACUGGUCCGACUGCUGCAAAACCGGGCAUCAGCACGAAGAAGCAUGUGUGAGCUCACAUGAACCAAGAAGCGAGAGGAGACAGAGGUUUGUGCUCAUCGACCAUCGCUGGACUCACAGCAACAUGUCGGAGGCUCUGACCCGGAGAAUAGAGAAGCUGGAGGCAGAGCUGCAGGAGCUCAGAUCCCAGCUGAGGGAGACGAGUGGAGCCGGAGAGGACGUGGAGGUGACAUCCAGUGAAAUCACCGACCGCAAGCCUCAUGGGAACUCCAGCGGCAGGAAGAAGGGGAAGAAAGCCAACAAGGAGCGUCCUUUUGACUUCUCCGCCCACCCUCGGCGCCACGCGGCCCUGCGGCUGGCGUACCUGGGCUGGGCCUACCAGGGCUUUGCGGUGCAGGAGAACACAGACAACACGGUGGAGGCCAGACUCUUCGAGGCUUUGCUGAAGACGCGGCUGAUCCAGGACAGACAGAGCUCCAACUAUCACCGGUGUGGUCGCACCGAUAAAGGAGUCAGCGCCUUUUCCCAAGUCGUUACAAUUGAUUUGAGGUCCACACAGUUUUGUGGAGGACUCGGUGUCACGCUCCCGGAGAAUGUUGACGCAAGCACCAAGAGUAAAGCUGCUGUCUCUGAGGUUCCGUAUGUGAAGAUGCUGAACAGAGUCCUGCCCCAGGACAUCAGGAUCUUGGACUGGGCCCCCGUCGCAGAGGGUUUCAGUGCUCGCUUCGACUGCCAGUCCCGCACAUAUCGCUACUACUUCCCCCGAGGAUCUUUGGAUGUGGCGUUGAUGGCAGAUGCUGCGAAAAGGUACGAGGGGACACAUGACUUUCGCAACAUGUGCAAAAUGGAUGUGGGCAACGGCGUCUUGCAGUUUGAGAGGACCAUCUUGUCAGCGUCCGUCAAGCCAGCGUUGCCUCAGCACACGUCCAGCACAGAUCAAUAUGACAUCUUCAUCUUCGAGAUUAAAGGAUUGGCCUUCCUUUACCACCAGGUACGAUGCAUGAUGGCCGUGCUUCUCCUGAUAGGACAGAAACUAGAAGCCCCAGAGUUAAUUAAUCAGCUCCUGGAUGUUCAGAGGAAUCCCAGAAAGCCCCAGUACAGCAUGGCGGUGGACUUCCCUCUGGUGCUGUACGACUGCCACUUUGAAGGUUUGAGCUGGAAGCAGGAGGCUGAGGAGGUGAACUACGUCCUGUCGGUGCUGCAGCAGCACUGGACCCAGAGUGAAGUCAAGAGCCACGUCCUCCAUGGGAUGAUCAAGGGUUUGGAGGCCUCAGGUGAGAGUUUAUUAAGAAGCAACAGCCUCU